GGAAAAGGUAUUAAAUCAAUUGAAUUUGAUGAAGGUGGAGGAUCUAAACAAAAAUGAAAUUAACAAUCCUAUCAAAGUCAAUUCUAUUAAAAAACUAGAGUUCAUUUGCAAGGAAAAAAACGCCCAAAUGUUAAUAUCUAUUUAUACAACAAUGUUAUCUAUCUACUUUCGUUGCAUAAACAUUACACAAUAUAUAGACAAAUAAUAUGUAGAUUAGGAUUAUAAUUCAAUAAAAGAUGACCUACUUUAUCUUGCAGAAAGAUGAUACAUAUGGAAGAAUCCUUAGCCUAUUAUUUCUAAUAUUCUUGUUUAUGUAAUUGUUAAAUAUCUCUGAGUAAUAUUACAUAAAUAAGUCAAUUAGAUAACUUAUAGUAAACAACUGUUCUUUUUUUAUUUAUAGAAUACACCCACCACUCGAAAGAGUAAAUUGCAUUAUGUUAAUGAGUUGUAAUUCACAAAAUAUAGAAACGUCAUCUAUUUUGUUUGGCAUGUCAGUAAGGAUUUAAGAUUAAAUUGAUAACCUACUUUUCUUCACUUUUUAGCAAUAAAAUGUAUAAAUGAAAUUGCUAUAAUAUAAAACAAGAAAAAAAAAGUAAAACAAGAUAACCAGGACACAAUUUAGCCUAUAAAGAGCUUAUUUAUAGUUUACAAAGUUGUAAUUGAAUAAUCUGUUAAGGGAUUUUGAAUGUUAGAGAGAGAGAAAAAAGGAAGAAAUAGGGAACAGAGAUAACAGAUAGUGCAAUAAGGAUUAUAAAACCGUAAAAUAUAAAUUAAUGGCCGCACCUAUUCAAAUAUAUAAAAAAACAAUAUGCUGUUCAAUUUGCGGUUUCCAGAAGAAGAAAAUUUCGAAAGGUCAGGAAUUUUGUGAAAAUUGUCAGCCGGAUCGUUGCGAACAAUUGAUGUUGAUUAAAGAUUAUUCAUUAUGGCUACAGGAGAAUUUAAUGAAUGAAAUGAAUGAAAAUCGUAAGAAAUUGAGACGGAACAGAGAGAGGUUAUUUACAGACGAUGAAAUUGACUUUAUUCUUGAAUAUAUAGAUAAAGAAGAAAAAUCAACGUUUGAGUUUAUUCUUGAGAAUGAAAAGGCUCGCUUUAAAAGAGAUUUUAACAGGCAAAUAAAAGAAUUACAAUGUAAAGUUGAGAGCUUCUUCCUAGAGAAACGAGCAACUUUAAAAAUAUUCCAAGACGAUGAACAAACAGAGAAUGCAAAUUAUAAAAAAGACAUUUCAUUAUUAAAUAAUUCCAAAUGGAUUAUAGAGAAAAAACUAAGUAUAAUCUUACGUCAUAUUACAUAUCAACCUCGUCAGUAUGCUCUGGGUAAUUUGAGUAUUACUGGAAAAUCUGUUCAAUUUGUAGGGUUACAACAAAAGGAUAUGAAGAAUUGCAAAGCUGUAAGGGGUCUUUGCGUAUUUAAUGAAAAAAUAUUUAUGAUAAAAUGGUCAAACUUUAAUCCAACUGUUUCUAUUGUUAGCGUUUACGAUCUGAAAGGAAAUUUUAUACAAAAUUUAAGCAAAACUUCUAAUGAAUUUACUGCAAUAGACGUUACAAACGAUGGUAAAUUUUAUAUUGCAGAUAUGACAAACAAUUGUGUACUAGAAUCAGUUGACUGCACUGAUUUUAAACCACUUUUUAACAUUGACCACCCUCAAGGCAUCUCAAUUGGUUCAGAUGGUAUAUUUAUAGCUUGCGACGAUCCACAAACUUCCAGAAAGCAUUUAAUUAACAUGUACAAAUUCAGUUUCGACGGUCAACUAUUGUAUCAUUUUGAAGAUAGCUAUAAGUCGCUAUUCAAGAUACAGUAACUGGUAGAAAGAUAAAUUUAUUACUGGACAAAGGCUAUACUCCUAUAGGAGUUUGUUCACUUCCCAACGAAUCAUUCGCAAUUGCCAACUAUAACAAGAAAAGUCUUUCAAUUUAUGAUAAAUCUACUUCAGAAGUAUGUCAAAUAUCUCUAAAUGAAAAACCUGUUCACUUGGCUUUCUACGAAAAUGUUAACCACUAUUUUUUAAUAUGUCAUCUUUUGGAAUAACUUUCAAUUCUAUCUUACUCUCUUCCUCCUCCUCCUCCUCCUCAUCAACCUCUUUUUCAUUUAUCUUUAUCUUCUUCAUCUUUAUGCGUUAACACUAAGAACAAAUUCAUUAAACAAGUAAACUUUUUAUUCGUUCAAAGAAGUCAAAAAGAACAUAUAGCUAUUGUGUUUAAAUAUAUCGAUAUUCUGAAAGGUGAAUUCUAUUUGAACAUAGAUUUUACUUGAAUCAUUAUUUACAUAGGCCUAAUUGUUAAUAGAAGCAUACGUAUGAAUAUUUCGAAUAUUUUUAUGUUCUACUUUCUUCUUUCAU